GGAAAAUUAGCACAAAGAUAAUGCGUGCUAUGUACAGUAACAAACUACAAAAUCCUUAACAACGGAAUUGUCAUUUGUUAGCCAUAUAUCCAUGGAAAUCUCAUGAUGUUAUCGUAUGCGAUUUUUUUUUAAAAAAUCAUGAACAAUUUUCAAUUUUGUAAAAGCUGUUUAGUAAUUUUUUUUCUUGUCAUUUUUCCCCACAGAAUGGAUGUAAUAUUUGCAAACCAAACUACACUUCCCACAAUGCUUCUUUAGCGGAACAUUAAGCAGUGCCUCGAGACGCGGGAAAUAGAAACAUUCGGGCUGUUAUUAACGUUGCUCGAGUUGCUACAGGAGAUCGACAGCUAUUCCACAAUAUUCUUUAAUUUUUUUUUCUACAACUUAUUCCGAUAACAGAUAAUCAAGAUAAUGGCAGUUGGGUCUGUAGUUAUUUGUGUGGAUGUCGAUUUUAAAGCUUAGUUACGUUUUUGCGGUUCUCGGUCUGUGCACCGGCGAUGGCUCCGCUAAAGAUUAAACACAUUGUUUCGUUCACGUCUCAGGAUCCAAAAUACUGCGUGAAGAACCUGUGCUCGGAGGGAGAGGCCCCCAAGCCAUGGCUGUGUAGCCCCCAUGACCACAGCGGUCUUCUCAAGGCAGAACUUCAGAUGGAGCGUGCAGUCAUUAUUGGGUACAUCGAUGUUGGUAACUACGGGUCUGCGUUCAUUCAGAUUGACGUGGGGCGCUCCUCUUGGUCUCUCGAGGAGCCUUUCGUCACACUGUUGCCCACAGCGACCCUGAUGAGUCCAGCAGAUUCGAGGCAGGGCGCAGGGCGUACAGGUGUGCGAAUGUUCAAAAAAGUUGACUUCAUGUCUGCUGCAGCAGAGUGUCCCUGGGACAGAGUGCGCAUCACUUGUACGCAGCCCUUCAACAGGCGCACUCAGUUUGGUCUGUCCUUCCUCCGCAUCCGCAGCCCUCAGGAUGAGCCUGAGGGAGGGGUUGAGGAGCAAGUGGAGUCCACCAUUUGUCAGAAAACACCAGAGCAGAUGACGCUGAAAGUAAAAGAAUGGCUGUCCAGUCCAGGUGUCCAGCGAACCUUUUUUGGGCGGAUGUCAGGGGAAUCUCCCCCGGAGACAGGUUCCGAGGGCGCGUUGUUACGGGGACCUUGUGGAGCCAAGGCAGGCCUGAGCAGAACAGCUCGCUUGGUUGCAGUGGCCAAGUCCACCAGGCGCUUAUUUCCCCAGUCCCCUGUCGCACAGAAAAUCCGAGGCAGCAUCACAGACGGAGAGGCUUGUGCUUCCCACAGUGCUAGUGGGAAACAGACUGGCAAACACCUGAAACGGAAGCCAAAGCCUGCUAGGCUGACUUGUGCUGACAGCACCUCCUCCUCUAAGAGGACCAAAUCUGUGGCUUCUCAGGUUUCUCGCCCUAAUCACUCCAGUCCCAGCAGAACCCCUCCUAGCUCACAGUCUGGGUGCUUGGAUAGUGGUGACCCCGAGACAACCUGUCCCAUAUGUGGAGAGUACUUUACCAGUGAAUACCUGCCCCUGCACGCCUCAUCCUGCGAAGGAGAGGCAGAGUGGUUGGUACCUGAACGCACCAUGGAAACAGACUUCAGCCGACCCCACAGCUCCACCCCUGGCCCAAACAUCAGGUCCUCCACCAGCCCCACAGAUGAUCUGGUUUCCUGUCCACUGUGCUCCUGUAGAUUCCCCCUUAGCCAGAUCCAGCAGCAUGCAAGCAACUGUGAAGACUGUAUUAAAACAUGUUUUUCACUGAAUGGUCUGUCUAAUUUGAUUAUCGAUGCACUGGGCAAUGAUGACUCUGUUGUCCUCAAGACCGUGAGGUCUCCGGAUCUGCGGACUCAACAAAUCAAUAUGCAGAACCUGACGCCUGAUCAAUGGCGGGAGAUUAUAAACAAGAAGAUGCGUUUCCCCCAAGAACUGAUCGGGGCCAUUCAGGAGGGGAACGCUACACUGGUGGCAGAUCUGCUGAAGACUGGGGAUGGGAUCAUCCGGCAACUGGACGACUCAGAGGACAGGCUAUGGAGAGAAGCACUGAACUUGGCCAUCCGCCUGGGCAGCGAAGACAUCAUGGACACCCUCUUGGGGGGCGUUAAGUUCGACUUCCGGCAGAUCCAUGAGGCGCUACUGGUGGCUGUUGACACCAACCAGCCACGUGUGGUCAAAAAGCUCCUUGACCGCCUGGACAAGGAGAAGGGUGUAGGUAACAACAAGGUGGAUGUUCGCUCUUUCUCGCUGGCCAUCUUUGACCACUCCAUCGACGACUCACAGUUUGCCCCCGGUGUGACCCCGCUGACCCUGGCCUGCCAGAAGGACCUGUAUGAGAUAGUCACCAUGCUGACCAAUAAAGGCCACGUAAUUCCCCGGCCGCACCGCAUCUCCUGCGCUUGCCUGGAGUGCCGUAACGGGCGACAAUAUGACCUGCUGAAGUUCUCGUUGUCACGCAUCAACACGUAUCGUGGCAUUGCCAGCCGUGCCUACUUGUCCAUCACAUCAGAGGACGCCAUGCUGAGUGCCUUCCGCCUCAGCCGUGAAUUGCACAAGCUCUCCAAGAAGGAGCCCGAGUUCAAGCCCCAGUACCUGUGCCUGGAGGAGCUGUGCCAGGAGUUUGCUGUGGAACUGCUCGGCAUGUGUCGCAACCAGAGUGAGGUCACAACCAUACUCAACGACUGCGAUAACGACAGUGAGGAUGAAGACGACGGGUUGGACGGCCGUGCCUUUGAGGAGGGCAUCCCCAACCUGGCCCGCCUCCGCCUCGCUGUCAACUACAACCAGAAGCAGUUUGUGGCCCAUCCCAUUUGCCAGCAGGUGCUGUCCUCGAUUUGGUGUGGCAACCUCUCAGGGUGGAAGGGCAGCAGAACAGCCUGGAAGCUGCUGGUGUCCAUCGGGAUCUUCAUCACCAUGCCAUUCCUCUGCAUCAUCUACUGGAUUGCACCCAAGUCCAAGAUUGGAAAAAUGUUGAAAAUCCCUGUGAUCAAGUUCCUGCUGCACUCAGCCACCUACCUGUGGUUCCUGAUCACGCUGCUGGCCGAGUCCAUCGCCAUGGAGAUGUACCGGACCGAAUUUGCCUCACGUCACCAGAACCUCUUGCAUAACUCCCUGCACAUGGUCUGGGUGGCUGGAUUCUUCUGGUUCGAGUGUAAGGAGGUGUGGAUUGAGGGCCUACGCAGCUACUUCUUGGACUGGUGGAACUGCUUGGACAUGAUAGUGCUCAGCAUGUACCUAGCAUCCUUUGUGCUGCGUGGGCUCAUCAUGCUCAAAGGCUAUUUUGUGUGCCAGGUCCCAGAGCGGGCAGAUGAGUGUGCGUACUUCACACAAGCUGACAGAGAGCACUGGCGACAGGAGGAUCCCCAACUGAUUGCAGAGCUGCUCUUUGCUGUGACUAGCAUGCUGAGUUUCACUCGCCUAGCCUACAUCCUGCCUGCUCAGGAGUCCCUGGGGACCAUGCAGAUCUCUAUUGGCAAGAUGAUCGAUGACAUGAUGAGGUUUAUGUUCAUCUUAAUGAUCAUUGGGACUGCCUUCCUUUGCGGGAUCAACAAUAUCUAUGUGCCCUACGUUGUGUCCACGCACCUUGGCCAGUUCAAUGAGACAUUCCGUUUCCUCUUCUGGACCAUGUUUGGAGUGGUGAGCCAGGAUUAUGUGGACAUGCCAGAUUUUGUGGUGGCUGAGUUUGUAGGCAGGGUGCUCUAUGGCAUCUUCACCUUGAUCAUUGUCAUCGUGCUGCUCAACAUGCUUAUCGCCAUGAUCACCAACUCGUUCCAGAAGAUUGAGGAUGACGCGGAUGUGGAGUGGAAAUUUGCCCGUUCUAAGCUCUACCUUAAUUAUUUCCGAGAAGGUCUCACCAUGCCUGUCCCCUUCAACAUCAUCCCCUCGCCCAAGGCAGCCUUCUACCUCAUGCGGGGUAUCUUCCGGAGGAUCUGCUGCUGCUGUAACUGCAACUCAACACCAGACUAUCCGCCUAUUGCCUCCAUUUCCAACGGGAUGCAAAGUGAUGGAGAGAACCGGGUGCCCUACAGACAACAAGUGAUCCGAGCGCUCGUUCAGCGAUACAUUGAGUCGGCCCGUCGGGAGUUUGAGGAAAGCAAGCGCAAAGAUGUAGGUAAUCGAAUCACGGAGCUUAACAAAAUGGUGAGAAGGCUGCACUCAGAGAUGAAACAGAUCCACCAGACCGUGCUGCACAGCAGCCAAGGGAGUUCCAACUGUUCCUGCAGCGAGGACUCCUCAGUCCUGGGCAAGUACAUCCUGGGGGCCAAGAACAACUUCAGGGGGUUCAGCAGUGGCACCUACAGCCCGCUGAAGGUGACCGUGCAUGAAGAGGAGAAGGCGGAGGCGGAGGCACAGAAGGAUGCACAGGAGGUCACAAAGACGGAGGUGAAGGAGCAGAACCUUCCAGAAGGUUGUGAAAACCGGGCCUCUUCCCCCACUGGAAGCAAGGGUUCUUGGGACACAGGCUUUGGCUCCCAGGAAGCGGAGGAAUCUAGUGAAGCAACAGCAGAUACGCAGGCGUCUGAGAAUAGCGCUGACUAG